GAAAUCGAGUCACAGAUCCGUGAAAUUCAGGCCAAGAAAGCGAGUCUUAACACCGAAAAUGGUGAGGAAAGUGACGGAAGAAUAUCGAUGUCGCUGUCGAAGGCGGCCAUGGAUUCGGACAUCUAUGGCGACAAUCAUAACAAAUACGCCAAUUAUAACACAUCCAUUCCCACCAAUGAUGACAACGAUUAUGAGGACGACGAGUACGAGCCCACCAAUGGAUCGCUAACCACCAAGAAGUCCAUCACUGCUCCCAAUGUUUUUCUCUCAGAAAUGGUCGAAAAGGAUUUUGAUCCAUUGGCUGAGAGACGGAUCCCACGAAUAGCCGAUCGGGAAGACGAAUACCGGAGUAAAUAUCGGUCUCGAAAACUAUCCCCAGAAAGAGUUGAUUUAUUUGCUGACGGCGGCAAAACACCCGACGCCAGGGCUCGCACUUAUCAGACCAUCGCUAAAGAGGCGGCCAUUACUCAAGAAGAGGCCGAAUUACGUAAAAAACUUCUCGAGAAAUCAAAAUCAGGCGAAUUGAAAGCCGUAUCGCCGAAGUCGACGAAAAGGCGCCGUUGGGAUCAGCCGCAGACCGGCGACACUGCCGAUGAACCCACCGCUAAGAAGAAGUCCAGUUGGGACUACGCAGAGGCGGCCACACCCGGCGCUCCCGGGAUGUGGGAUCAAACUCCUGGACGUGUUCUCUCGGACGACGCCCGCAGCGCACCCGAAGUGUGGGAUCCGACGCCAAUGCAUCCGUCGACUACACCCCUAACCCCUGGUCACGAAACUCCUGGUCUUAAGUCUAGUGUUCGACGCAAUCGAUGGGACGAAACACCGAAAACCGAAAGGGGAGAGACUCCCGGACACGCCUCCGGUUGGGCGGAGACCCCACGUGCGGACAGAGGGGCCGAACUUAUUCAGGACACUCCCACUCCCGGGGCGUCCAAACGGAGGUCGCGAUGGGAUGAGACGCCCGCCGCUGGCGGUUCAAUGACACCGGCGACGCCUUCAAUGAUGACUCCAUCGAUGACUCCCAUUACACCGAGCGGUGCCACUCCUAUGGGCCCCAAAGCCAUGGCAAUGGCCACUCCAACGCCCGGACAUAUGAUACCUAUGACUCCGGAACAGAUGCAGGCCUUCAGAUGGGAGAAAGAGAUUGACGAA